AUGCCGCUGGAAGUCGAACUUCCAUUCUUUUUUUUUUUUUGCCUCCCCCCUGACUCGGUUAGUCGCGGUUUGACGGGUGGCGUUCUCUCACCGGCCACCGACGCAGCGCCACACUUCUGUCGCUUCACGGCGCAGCGGAACAAAGUCUCCACGCAAGCAAGCAUCCGCAUCUACAGCCAACACCGCAACUCCCCCCUCAUGGCGAGGCCGGCAACGCGCGUGAGUGGAGAGGUUGGGCAGCAGAACCAGGAAGGUCGCCGGUGUGGCAACGGAGGGGGAGAAAACGAGACAAAUUCGAGUGAGUGUCCGAUCUUGCGCUGUCCGGAGUGCCUAAAUGGUUUUUCAACAUGGUCUAGGCUUACUGCACACUUAAACGCCUCCGCACACUUUUCCGCGAGGUGUGUGACGUGCGGAGAGCAACUGCGGUGUUACGGGCCCACACACCCGUAUCGACAUGAAGCCGCAACAGGGCACGUCGGAUUUUUUGGUACUUUUUACACGCGUAGUGACUACCGCUUGGAUCACCCUCCUGUGUUUACCCACCCACAGUAUCGUUGCGUGUGUCGCGUAACCUUUCUUUGCCCCCUGCAGCUUGCACUUCAUUUACGUAUGGAACACGCUGUGACUGCGAUCCCCGACGUAGCCGUUUGUCGCACGUGUAACAUGCAUGGUUCCCUUGCUGAGUUGGCGGCGCACAGGCUGAAGCGGUUGCUGCUCAAAGAAGAUGACGUGAUUGAAGUUCCCGGGUUUUCCCCUGCCCCGUAUCUGGUGCGUUGGCCAAAAAUACCACCAUGGACUGUGCAGAAAAAACCGUAUGCCGUUCUCUACCAAUGUCCUAUCUGCGUCUCGGUUUUUACCUCGUGGGCCGCCAUGGAGAACCACAUAGAGAAGAAUUGUGUGUGUCAAUGCAUGCUGGACCCAAUUGGUGCUCGUUCUGGAAAUACGUCACACGCCGCCGGCGCCCAUCGGUUCUCACCGGAGGAGUUUGAGGUUCUCUUGGACACGAGUGAGCCGGAAAUGUUGUCACUGCUCCAGGGGGCUUCACAGCGGCAAGUUGGUGAUUCAGCCCAAGAGGAGGAUCUCGUCCUGGUGUUUCAGUGUCCAGUGGAGACCUGUUCUCGUCUAUUUCUUACGCAUGGUGAACUGCAGGAGCACAUGGAGGAGCAGGCCCACUUCCCUUCCGCACCUGGAGCGGAGGCGGAGGGUGCGACCCAAGAUGGGCUAUCCUGGAAGUGCAACCUCUCCGACUACGAGGUGAUGUGCUCGGCAAGGCGGCUGGUCGAGGAAUUCGGCUUGUCGAGAUGCCCCCACUGCUGCCGGGUGCUGUCGCACGGCAUGGAGACCCAUCAUCAGCUGUUUCACCCGGAAGCGUAG